UCAGAGGCCACCACCCCAGAAUAGUGCCCCUGGCCAUGAAGAAGCUGACUUGAUCCUGCAGUUGGGCACUGUAGUCACUUCUUCCCUUAGCAGACAGGACAACCCUCCUAAGGAACCACUGAUCACUUUCAAAAUGAACCAACAGCCCUGUAGGACCGAUGCUCAAAACCACAUGGAGCAAAAGUACAAAGCCAACAGCCACCCCUGUUAUCAUGACCACAACUAUGGAGCACCACCUCCUCCAACCCCUCCCCUCUCUCCAACACUCACCAUGCCACCCCAGAUACGUCAAAACCCCCUGAUUCCCCCUCCUUUGACUGCCCAUGAUCUCUCGGGAAUCAGGGCUUUGGCAACAGUUGCAGAUCAAGUGAGGUCAAGGGGUAAUUCCUUGUCGAGCAUUCUGAUGAAGCAAGACGACGACUCUCGCGAUUCUUUGAUAAGCUCUGGAGAGGAAGACAAUGAUCAAGGCUUGGAAGGCGAAGAAACCGAGACAGCAGCAGAAGGAGAAGGGGACGAGGACAGCGUAACAAGGUGCAUCUGCGAUUUUGAGCAUGAUGAUGGCUACAUGAUUUGCUGCGACAAGUGCUUAGUUUGGCAACAUGUAGAUUGCAUGGGAAUUGACAGAGACAAUAUUCCUGAGGAGUAUCUCUGCGAGAAGUGCCAACCAAGAAGAGUUGACCGGACAAGAGCUCGAAAUCUUCAGCUGCGAAAGCAAAUGCAUAAUGACACGAGUUCUUCAGACGAUGACAAUGCUCAAGCCCGCAAAGCAGCAGCUGCUAACCAAGUGAAAAAAAUAAAUAACAAUACUGGCAGCAAAAAGAGGCCGGUUAAAAAAGAAAUGAAAAAGGUUGUGAAACGCCAAAAGCGAGACUCUGCUGCUGUCGCUGCCAGGGAGCAGAGGGCAAACGAAAGGCGAAACAACAAGAAAAAGGAGUCGCAGAACUCUAACCCUGUGAAGACUGAUUCAAAGAAAAUUACUGGUCGAAGAAGAAUGAGUAGUAAAGGCAAACCAGAAUCUGUGGACGAGGAUACCCAGGACAGCUGGACGUCGACAGUUCCAUUAGCAAGCCAACCGCAGCAAGUGCGGCAGUGGAUAGAGCAGUACGAGGAGGCAGUUACAAAUCACUAUUCUCCUGAAUUGAGAGCCCGCAUCCAGGCCAUCAAGGUUAACGGCAUUCAUUCUGACUACAGAGUCGGAUCUGUCGUGGUUCAAAAAUGCCGCACAACCCUGGGUGACGCUGGGGUUAAAGUGCUGCUCGCUUCAUCUAACCUGCAGCCCAAUCAGGCGAUCAUGGAAGUGAGAGGCAAAUUCAUGCUCUCCUCGCAGCACACAUUCAAGAAGGCGCAGCUCGCUUCGCCAUACCUGCUCUUCUAUCCCCUCCCAAAGGAGAACACUGAGGUAUGCGUGGAUGCAAGAACCUAUGGCAAUGAUGCACGGUUUGUGCGAAGAUCUUGCCAGCCAAACGCAGAAGUGCGGCACUGCAUCGAAAAGGGCGCACUGCAUUUGUACCUGGUGGCUGCAAGCUUAAUUGAAAAAAACCAAGAGAUAACUAUCAAGCAUGAUGAUCCUGUGCGAAUACCUUGCAAACACUGUCCACCCAUGACGCCUAAUCCAGACAACAAGAAAAACGGCCACAUCGAAAAUCAUAUUGAAAAAGGAGAGAGGAGAAGGCGAGCGAGCCGCCGAAACACUGAGGAAAGCGUACCUGAAGUUUCGCCAGCACCGCCCGUGCUGCAGGUGAACACACCGACACCAACAACACUGACCCCUGCGGCAACCCCUACCCCGCCAGCAAUAAUUCCUGCAGUUCCAUCUGUUCCUCCGACCUUGGUUGUUCAGCAUCCGCAAACAACGCCCAAAAAAGCCCCGAAAUCUCCUGUCAAGCAAGCUCCCACUCCGGAUAAGAGCCAAGGGGAGGACAGCAAUGACGAGGAUGCCCUGAGCAACUCUCCAGACAAGAAGAUGACGCGCGAAGAGCGCAAGAUCGAGGCCAUCAUGAAGGCGUUUGAGAGGAUGGAAAAGCUGGAGCAGAGGAAGCAAGCUCAGCAGCAGCAUCGCCGUUCUGAACGGGACUCCAAAGAUUCCGAUUCUUCAGGCAGGUGCAGGGAUGAAGCAGAGAACGAUUUGGACGCGCCUCUGCCCAAAAAGAAAGGAAGACGGACGAGGGGAAGGAGUAGCAGUGGCGCAUCUAGUCAAGUGCUCUCUGUAGACGAGAACUCAAGUGGGAGCCACUUGGUUCUUUCUCCAGGGAGUGCAUCAGCCAGUGCUUCGCCGAGAGUUGUCUCUUCACCACCUCCUUUGGGCUUCAAAUUCCCCAAAACUAAAAAGGUUCUAAUGAACGAAUGGCUGAACAAACCCGAGCAGCCGCCUCUGAGUCCACUGAAACUGGAGGAUGGCGACGGGUGCAUUGGUGGAGCAGCAGCUGCCAAGAAGCGGUGGCUGCGUCAGGCCAUCAGCGAAGAAAGUGAGCCGCCGCCAAGCAGCAGCCCCCGUUCGGCCUCGCCAGACUACCUGACGCCGCUAAAGAAGCGGCGUCUGGCCCGCGAGUCGGUCGAGCAGCACUCUUGCACUCCCCCUGCGACAGCCGCCUCCCCCGAGCAGGAGGCGGAGGUGCCCAAGCCGACGCCCAGCCUGCCCCUGCGCUGCGUCGAGGAGGCUGUGCUGGUGCUCUCGGGCCAAAUGGGCAUCAAGCUUGAGGUCAAGGAUUCCUUGCCGCCCGUUUUGACUCCCCCACCCGCGAUCCCGGCGCCCUCAGCCCAACCGGCGUUAGCACCAGAGCUCCCAGUCGCCCUGGAGCUUCCGUUGCCGCCACCGCCUCCAGUCCCUCUUGCCCCUCCCCUCAUACCCUUGUCCUUACUUGCAAACCCUGUGCCGCCACCACCCCCUCCCUUGCCGCCGGUUGCCAUUCCCGUGGACGUGAAAGAGAUCAAGGAGGAAAAUCUGCCCGCUGCACCCACCCCGCCACCCCCGGCACCGGCGGUCGCUGCCCCCUCGCCUGCCGCUGUCAAGCGAAAGCUUUCGAUAUCUGAGUACAGACAACGGAACAAGCAAAAGGUGGAGAAAACGGAACCUCAAGGAGUGGACAACUCUCCUGUCAGUGUAGAUGAAGAGGGGAAGUCAGUAGACGGCCUUGAUUCUAAAGGAGAAAUUCCUCGUUGGAACUCAGAACCGACCAGUUCCGAGAAGCAGCGAGAGAAUCUGACUGAGAGACUAAGGCGCGAGUUUGGCCUGUUCAUUGACGAGCAAGAGAAAUUCGAAAAGGAAAAAGUGGAAGAGGUGUUGGAGCAAGGCCCAGCGCUACCGCCGUUACCACCUUUGGAACCACCGCAGCUCAAAGUGCAUGAUUCCCUUAACAUUCCCCUGCCGUCUGCGCCGCCCCCAAUUUUAGAUCUACUUGUGGUGGAGCCGCAUCCACCUCCCAGUCUUGAGUUCCCCGAGUCCCGCGAAGAAGCAGAUGAAUUUGUACUACGCAACGGUCCUUCUCCGCUGUUGAUUAAAAGUCAAACACCAGCGAAAAUGAAGGCGUCGACCAAGAAAACGACUUAAUAGUGGUCAGAAACUCAUGAUGUGAUUGUACCGAUUGUGGUGCAUUGCGAACCCUGUGUGGGGAUCCUGUGUGUAUAGCAUGCUAUAAAAUAUAAUAUAUGUAAAGAAAACUUUCUAUCUAUUCCGCGCAACGGAUGAAUUUAUUGUAAAUAUUUAACAGAUGAUUUAUUUGUUUCGAGUGCCUAUCUUGAGGAUUCAGUUCCUCGUAAGGUACGAAAGUAACAAGUUAAUAAAAAAUUAAACGAGGACCUUGUUCUCGAUUCUUAA